CCUUUAAUAGCUUGCUGGCCUGGGCCAGCUAGGGCUCCUGCUUUACUUCCCAUUCAGCGGUGUUUGCAGCUGCUGUGCUGACUCAUGCACCCCAGCAGCCCACAGGAGCUGGAAGCAUGGGCUCCGCAGGGGCCUUGGCAGGCUGGGGGCUUCUGGAUUACAAAACGGAGAAGUAUGUGAUAACCAGGAAUUGGCGGGUGGGCGCCCUGCAGAGGCUGCUGCAGCUUGGGGUCAUGGCCUACGUGGUAGGGUGGGCUCUCCUCGCCAAAAAAGGAUACCAGGAGCGAGAUCCGGACCCCCAGAUUUCCGUCAUCACCAAACUCAAAGGGGUUUCGGUGACCCAGAUCAAGGAGCUGGGUCACCAGCUGUGGGACGCGGCGGACUUUGUGAAGCCACCACAGGGAGAGAACGUGUUCUUCUUGGUGACCAAUUUUCUCGUGACACCAGAACAAGUUCAGGACAGAUGCCCAGAGCACCCCUCCAUCCCGCUGGCUAAUUGCUGGGCCGAUGAGGACUGUCCUGAAGGGGAGACAGGGACGCACAGCCACGGCAUAAAAACAGGCCAAUGUGUGGAAUUCAACGGGACCCACAGGACCUGUGAGAUCCAGGGCUGGUGCCCUGUGGAGAGCAGCACUGUGCCCGAGAAGCCCCUACUGUUCCAGGCAGAGAACUUCACCCUGUUCAUCAAGAACACUGUCACCUUCAGCAAGUUCAACUUCUCCAAGUCCAAUGCCUUGGACACCUGGGACGCCACUUACUUCAAGCGCUGUCGCUAUGACUCACGCUACAGCCCCUUCUGCCCUGUGUUCCGUAUUGGGGACCUCGUGGCUGCGGCUGGAGGGGUCUUUGAGGACCUGGCACUGCUGGGAGGUGCCGUGGGUGUCCGAGUCCACUGGGAUUGUGACCUGGAUGCUGGGGGUUCCGACUGCCGGCCCCACUACUCCUUCCAGCUUCAGGAGAGGAGCUACAACUUCAGGACAGCCACUCACUGGUGGAAGGCCUCAGGUGUGGAGGCCCGGAGUCUGCUCAAGCUCUAUGGGAUCCGCUUCGACAUCCUCGUCACUGGGCAGGCAGGGAAGUUCGGGCUCAUCCCCACGAUCAUCACUCUGGGCACCGGAGCAGCUUGGCUGGGUGUGAUCACUUUCUUCUGUGACCUGCUACUGUUGUAUGUGGAUGAAGAAGCCCAUUUCUACUGGAGUACCAAGUAUGAGGAGGCAAAGGCCCCGAAGGUGACCACCAACUCUGAGCAGACAGAGCCAGCUUCUACACCCCCGCAUGUGGCUGCCCAGGUGUCUUAGAGGGGGCCCAGUCUAGGAAUCAGACACCACCACCAGAGUGGCCCAUGUCCAGGCUCCGGGCCCCACUCACUGGCCUGUUCCUGAGGCUGUUUCCUGCUGGUUGCCGGGUGGGGACCCCGUCUUGGGGACCUGCUGGAUAAAGCCCCAGCCGGACCAGGGUGGGAGGUUGGGGGAGAAUUCCACCCUUCCACUCCCAGACAGACUGACCCUCUCCUGACUCCAGCUUCAGCAGGGUGCUGCCUGGGGGGGCCAGAGAAGCCAGUUUUGUAUAGAGACCCACAGCAGAACAGGAGCCGCGGAGAAGGGGAGACCCUGGGGCACCCACGUGGCAGGGUAGUGGGCCAGUGGGGCUCUUCCUGUGUCUAGGUCUAGAGAACUCUCUCCUAGUCUCUGUCAGCAGCGUUCCCAGCGGUAGCCUGCUCACCAGCUGUCAGCACCGGCCCUCCCACUGGCUGUGGCAGACGCCAGCCCUCCUCCAUCUGCCAGCACCCCUAUUGUAGGUAGAGCCCCUCCCCCUCAGCUGCGCUGCUCUGGGGGCCGUGCAACCAGAGUCUGAAGCAAGGUAGAAAGAAGCCCGACAAGAGGGGUCAGGCUGCUCUGGCGUUGGGUUGCCUGGGGCAGGUUCCUACCCAACUCUGAAUGAAGAGUGGGUAGGCAGAUAAUCCAACCCCUAGGGACCCCCAGGCAAGGACACAGGCACCCUUUGGUCUCACACCGGCCCAGUUAAUGAGCAUCAGCCCCUCCCUGGUGGUGGCCCUCAGGCUAUGGGGUUUGGGAUAGGGAGGAGAGGGGGGAGGGCCUGAGAUGGUGGUCACUGGGUCCUUUGGGAUCUUCUAUAAGGCUCCUCAUUAACCAACCCCCUCCCCAGCCCAACCCCUAGAACCUGCUCACUGGAGCCAUGGGGGUAGGGAGGCUGUACACCUGGAAUUCACUGCUACCCAAGGUCAUAGCCAAGAACCUGUCAGGGCAUCUGCUUGUGCCAGACUGAGGCAACUGCAUGCAGGAGACCUUGAAUAUAACCCCAGGUAGAGCCCAGUGGCUGGAAGGAAUGUCCCUCACAAAGGACACAAAGGUGCCCCGCAGGCUGGCUUGGCAUCUUUCUGGAGUCUGAUUCCUGACUGCUGGAGAAUUUCCCCUGCCCCAGAGUCCCACAGUCAGGAGGGGAGGAACAGGGGCUGCAAGAGCCAGACUCCCUGUGGUCCCAGGGCAGAGGCAGGAAUUUGGGAGUACCCACCCAAGGGAGGCAAGGGGCUUCUCUCUCAUGGGUCCCUGGUGACCAGGAGUGAGCUGGCAGCUUGGCGGCGGAGCCACAAAGACCAGAUGGGGAGGGCCAGGGCUGGGGGCUCAGGCUGGGCUAGCAUCUGGAAUCAUCUGGCACCUGGAGCCUCAGCAAAGCCUUGGGGGUCUCUGCUGCUUCUCAAUCCCCAGAGCCGUGUUCAUGGGGAGGCAGGUUCAGGAGAGCCAAGGUGAGAGAACAUGGCUCUGAGGCCUGGUUAUUGGAGUGGGGUCACAUGUACCUGGUUGUGCUCAGGGCUCAGAGAAAGCGGUCAUAGCUGCAGAAAGUCAAGGAGUAAAGCCUGCUCAAACCAGCA